AUGUGGUGGGAUUCGUCGCGGAUUGAAGCGACUGUCACUCGACAGUUUGUCUGUUCACACCUUCUUCCCGAGGAGAUAAAGCGGUUGGACUUACCACUGGGCUUCGGUGAUGGAUUGACGGAUGGGACCUACUGGGAAUGGAUUGACGAAAAGGCCAAGCGUAUCUUUCUCAUUCUUCUAGACCUAGGUGUCCCAGACCAGAUCUUCGGACUUAUCGACGAUAGUUGGGACGACGAUGACCUCCCAAUUCCCCUCGACCAGAUCGAACGGCUGGCGCUUACGCUCACCAGAGACGACAAACUUGAGAGGAAGUUUUAUUCCCGCCAGUUUCACUAUCUACUCAAAUUCGUAGAAAGGGGCGACUAUAUAGUAUACGAAAAUCCCGAGAUCGUGCCUCUUACCGUCGAUAAGCGCCCCGGGCUAAGCCUUAACAGCGUUGCGGAUAGAGUCGAGUUGGCAAAUCGACCUGGGGAGAUCUUCUCUCGGCGUCGCAUUCCGAUCGGAACGGGCCCUGGUCUGCUAAGCGAAAAGGAAUUCUUCUACGAGAUCGACAGGGCAAGGAAUAUUGAAAACAACCAUGUCAUGUCUUAUUACGGAUCGUAUGCCCAUCAGGGCGUUGUCUAUGUUCUUUUUACUCUCCCAAGCGAUUUCAGCCUCAGAUCCCUUUUAGUAACAACGCCAAGUUCGGUGAAGUCAUUGGCCAAGCAGGAUCGACGGUGUCUAUUCAUGAAUUGGAUUCAUUGCCUUGUUGACGCACUGUGCUAUCUUCAUAGUUGCGGACUAUCCCACGGCAGAAUAAAGCCCUCGACUAUACUUUUCAACAACAACAAUCAUGUCUUCUAUUCAGACGUGACCCAUUUAAGCGCAGAAGCGAUAGCCACUACGUCGGACAGAUCAGCCUUCGACAAAGAGUCUUACGACUACGCGGCUCCUGAACAGUGGUAUCGACCGUCAACUAGUCACGGCCACCGAAGAAGUACUCUCGUUGCUUCCUCAGGAUCAACAUCGUCAGAUAACUCGUCGUUCUCUAUUAGUAGAGGGAACUCGGAAACUGGUUCGAUGCUCCACUCGCCGACACCUUCCCUCGACCCUCAGGCAGUUGACAUCUUCUCGCUAGGAUGUGUGAUACUUGAAUUGCUAAGUUUCCUAAUGAAACGCCAGACCCGGUCCUUCGCCUCGCAUCGAUCUGCAAAGCAUAAGCAAGCCGGCCGAGGAGGGGCAGUUUUGGACUCGUCAUUCCAUAAAAAUCUAGGACAGGUUGAAUCAUGGAUGGCUGGCCUCGCUAAGGAUGCAUCGAAAAAGGAUGACCAAGUGUUCCGUGGUAUGGCGCCUAUGCUGCAGGUGGUGGCAAGAAUGCUUUCAAUAGCCCCCCACGAGAGGCCGACGGCUCAGGAGGUCGAGCAAUGCACAUACAAAAUCCUGACGGAGAAUUGCCAGAUUUUAGAGCCGCAUUGCGUCCACCAAUAUAACGGUUGGGAUUUUGGAUUCGGCAACAUGCAUAUCAGCGGAGGGGGCGAGGGAUUUAAUAUUGCUGGAAAGAGGCAUAGCGGUCCAGCGGUGUCGAGUUACUCUCGAUCGGUUUCUUACCGGCCGAUGAGCGGCAGCUCCAUUCAGGAGAUGGAUAUGCCUGGCGGUAAUGAUUACAUCCCAAGUACUAAUCUGACGUAG